UUAUGUACAGGGCAAAACAUAAACAUCCGAGUAAGCAGCUGCGGCAAUUAGAAAUUAACCAAAUUCUCAAUUGAAAUAAUUGGGAGGCCAAAUUAAAUAAGAUUUGAUUUGCAAAAUUCACGAUCAUAAGCCUGUAUUUUAAGACAAACUUGUUAAAAAUCGCACAUUUGUUCACACAAUCAUAAACAUUGCCGUAUAUUUCUGCUCUGGAGACUUGAAAUGUAACUUUACAACCCCUUAAUGUAAAAUAUUAUAUAUUUUGUUUCUCAUAAUGUUUCAAAAUAUUCCUGCACACUUAAAUGCAUUUUUUUUCGUAAUUGAAAAAGCAAAAUCAUAUGAUGAUAAAUAUUGCUGGCAGUCAUUACUGGAAACGUCACGACGAAGUGAUACUUCCCCUCUAUUAAAAGGUAGUCGUACAUAUCUUCUGCUUCAAAGUUUCGUGUGAUCCGGUAGGGAGUAUGUGACACUGGCAGUAAGCAUUAAUACAGAGGCAGAGAAAUAUGAUCACUGCUGUUCUCCUGCUGUGUGCGGUCGGGGUUUACUGCUCUGAUGGCAGAGCGGUGCAGAGCCAAGCCUGCGUGCCCUCUCCUGAGGUGGAAUGUUUUCUGCCAGCUGACUAUCUGAAUGCAUCUGGUCCUGUCAGCGUGGAGGUGAGUUAUGGCAAGAAACUCAUUAUCUCUCUGGAGGGCCUCUAUGGAUACUCCGACUGCCACUGGAUCCAAGGAACAGACACAGUACCAACAGCGAACGGGAGUCACUCCAUUAUCCUACCACCGCUUUAUGAGACAGAUUCUGGGGAAUACACACUGAGCUGUGAAGCUGGCAGUGGGACCAGGUUCUCACUGCCUGUGGCUCUGCAUGUAGUAAUGACACGUCCCACAAAACCACGAUUGACGCUGAUCAAGACAGAGAGCUCUAGGAGUUCCCCAUAUUUUAAGUGUGUCUCUGGAGGCUCGCCGAAGCCCACACUUAGUUGGACUGGAGAGCCUUAUAAGAGAAAUGUUCCUGGAAAAAGCGAAACUGCAGAGAGGACAAUAAAGAGUACAGACUAUAUUCAUAAAGGAGUGAUGUGUUGUGCUACUAACCUUGAAGGACAAGAGUGCUCCCAACUGUAUGACUACGACAUAGACAGUGGGUCCAUGGAAAAUGAGGUUUCUAACGUGACCCUGAGCCCUGGUCAGUCUUUACUACUUCGCUGCCGACAAAAACGUGAAAUACGAAAACCGUCUGUGUUACGGUGGGAGAAAGGCAGCACAAUAAAAAAUGCAGUUGCAUGCCCUUCUAAAAACAAGGAGGAGAUCUGCAUUAGAGAUGAUGUACAUUUAGACAGUCAGAUGUCCUACAUGUUAAUCGAAUCAGUCAGUGUGGAUCAUACUGGCACAUAUACCUGCAGGAGUAGUAACAACAAAAUGAAGUCUGUUAACAUUCAUGUCCAGGCCGAAGGUUUCCUCUCUGUCCAGCUGGAUGACAGCAAAAUCAUAUCAGCUCAGGAGGAACCCACCCCCUGUUUGCAAGCCAAUGUUUUCUACCACCCCAUGCUGCAGCGCUGUACCUGGGAGGAUCCUGAUAAAAAAAGGACUAAAUGCAUCAGGGAUGCCUGGGUAACAAUGCACAGGACUGUGAAGCUAUGUGAGAAGCUCAAAUCUGGAGAAUAUAAGUUACACUUGGAGGCUGGAGGACAAAAAGAAACAAAGAAUAUAUCUGUGUGUGUUGUAGACAAACCUAAGUUCAAUUUAAACACGGCUGAUAAUACCUUUACCAUUGAGACCAGGAGUCCUGUGCCAGCAAAUUAUUCUUGGAUGUCUUGUUCUACCAAUGACAGCUGUGAAGCAGACUAUGCCUGGGAAGAGAUCCCUAACACCAAUGAAACAGACACAGAUGUCUCCUGUGACAAGCCAAUCAAGAGUUUACUUAGCAGACAUCAAGUGGAUGGACACCAGUUAAAGUUUUGCCUUACUAACUCAGUUGGAUCCUGGUGCGAAACAUUCCCAGUAUACGAGUGGCCUUCACCUCAGCUCUCCAGAGUUGUCUCAAAUCCUGAGAACGGCAGCUUGAUGGUGCUGAAAGUAGGCAGUUUGGUCCUGCUUCUGGCUUUGUGCGUAGUCAGCAUUGUGCUCGCGUACUUUGUCAAAAAGAAGAAACCCCAGUAUCAGCCCCAGCUUCAGGUCAUCCAGAUGGUUGGGCCCAAUGAUAAUGAUUACAUCUACAUCAACUUCAAGGACUUUCAGUACGACCAGAAAUGGGAGUUUCCCAGGGAAAACCUGGAAUUAGGUAACGAACUGGGCUCUGGGGCUUUUGGCAUGGUGGUCCAGGCUACAGCUUAUGGUAUUAACAAGCCCGGAGUCUCACAGCAGGUGGCCGUUAAGAUGCUUAAAGAGAAACACCAGACUGUGGAGAAAGAGGCUCUGAUGUCCGAGCUCAAGAUGCUGACCCACAUUGGUCACCAUGCCAACAUUGUUAACCUGCUUGGGGCAUGCACAGACACAGGACCCAUAUAUCUGAUUUUCCAGUACUGCUGUCACGGAGACCUGCUGAACUACCUAAAGAACAACAGUGAGCGCUACCACAAGUCUGUGACUGACGCUUUCAACAAAGACCGUUUCAGGAGCCUUUACCACAACCUGCAGCCAAGAAAAACUUCUAGUGAGCAAGAAACAGCAGUGGACAACUACGUGCCUAUGUACAAUUCUACCACUAGGGGGCAGGAGGACAUCGCUCUCCUCACCAUGAACUCCUGUGACAUGGACAGCUUUGAAGAUCUGGAGAGCUACGAAAACCCAGAUGAUCAGACAGACGACCUGCAGGCCCUGACCUUUGAUGACCUGCUGAGCUUUGCCUACCAAGUGGCCAAGGGCAUGGAGUUCCUCUCCAGCAAAAAUUGUAUCCAUCGGGACCUGGCAGCUCGAAACGUGUUAGUGACAAAGGACAGGCUAGUGAAAAUUGGUGACUUCGGACUGGCCCGGGACAUCGACAACGACUCCAACUACGUUGUGAGAGGAAACGUGCGUUUGCCAGUGAAGUGGAUGGCACCGGAGAGCAUCUUCCAGGGGAUGUACACCAUGAAAAGUGACGUCUGGGCUUACGGCAUCCUCCUCUGGGAAAUCUUCUCACUAGGUGUCACUCCGUACCCAGGCAUGAAGGUGGAUCAUCAGUUCUAUUCAAUGAUUGAGAGAGGAUUUAAGAUGGAGUGUCCAUAUUACGCCAACGAUUCUGUGUACGAGAUGAUGUGUAUGUGUUGGGCCCCGGAUCCCUGCGAUCGCCCUUCUUUCUCCAAACUGGUGUCUUUUAUGUCUGUACAGCUGACAGACAGAGAGGAGAAGCUCUACCAUAACAUGCUCAAUGAGUCAUCCUGCGACUACCAGAAUGCACCGGCCAUUUUGGACAUUUCCUUCUUGACGAAACAGAACGAGAGCAAGAUGCAAUCAGCCAAUGACUACUGUCAAACUCAUGCGACUGAGGAAAGCAAAGCAGAAGUGUGUGACUCAGAUACUGUGGAAACUGAUGAAAAACUUCUGAAGAAUUCUGCUACCGAGUGAUCACCAAUCGCUCAUUGCCUGUUGACAUUCAAACUAUUUUAUCAAUAAGGCCUAUAUUAUAUUUCUCAUUAAAAUAUUCUCAAGAAUUACAAUAGAAUGCACUUGCUUCAUAUACUAUUAAGAUAUUGUAAGCAUUUUCAGAAUGAAUAAAACAUAUGUAGCAUAUAUUUACCAUAAUCUGUGAAAGUAAAUGACGAUAGCUUUUACUUAUGUUCAUGCAAUUCAUUCAAUUGUGUUCUUACUGUGAAAAUGGGUAAAUACAGUAUUUUUUUCUGAAGUAUUUGUACUCAAGGAGGUUAUAUUGUGCAGCUAAAAUUUAAAUCAGGUUUCAUAAAAAGGAUCCUAUAUAUUCUCAGGUCUAUACUGUAGACAUGUAAGCUAUGGUGUAGUAACUUUUUCAACAGUAGAACUUUAGCAACUGAUUAACUACUGGUUAAAGAUUAUAUCACUGUUACUAUACAUAUGGAAACAGCCUUUAGCUUUAAGGUAUUGUUAGGCAGUAAAAUGUAAUGACAGUUAUUUUGUUGUGGUAUCUUAUAUUAUGGCAGCAGCUAUAAUCUGCAGUCUUUGUGUGUACAAAGGCUUUUCACACAUAUAUUAAACCAAGCUUUGCAGAUUUGAUACAAUGCAUUUGUAUACUGUAUUGUCAUGUUUAAGCAUUAUACCUGCAAUAAAAUGUACUUUAUGUUAAA